CCGUACAACCAGGAAGCAAAGUGUAAAAUACAACAAAACAAAAAUAAAUCGAAGCGCAAAUGGAAAACUCAAAGCUUCCGAAUAACGAUUCACGCUGCGUGUUUUUUAAUACGGAUUCAGAAGAUUAUAGAUGUGUGGUGAUUUCAACAGUAAAGCGAGCCACGGGAACCUUCUCCUUAGUAGGAUGUGUGUUCAUGCUGUUUGUCAUCUGGCUGCUGCGCAGGUAUCACUCCGUGGCUCAGAAGAUGAUCCUCAGCCUGACUGUUGCAGCCUUCUUUGACAGUGUAGCGUAUGUCAUGGAUGAGCCCCAUCCAGAGGGAUCUCUGUGUGACUUCCAGGCUUGGUGGCUAACUUACUUUGACUGGAGCGCCUUGGCCUGGGUUUGCCUCAUCACGCUGAACCUGUACCUCAACCUGGUCAGAGAAAUGAGCACCAGGAGAUAUCAGAUGUUGUAUCAUCUGACAGCGUGGGGGGUGCCUCUGGUCAUGGCGUCUUUGCCGCUGGUCAAGGGCUGCUAUGGCCCCGCAGGAGCCUGGUGCUGGAUCACAGACGAUCACGUAGCUUGGAGAUUUGGGAUAUGGUAUGUGCCUUUAUUCAGCCUCAUCUUUCUGAUGAUUUCAUGCUAUGCCAGGAUCAUCUGCGUGGCAAAUGAGAGGAUGCAGUCAUGGCUGGGAACCUUUAACCCAGAGAGGGAAAGACGAAAGGUUUCCCUGGCUGAGGAGAUCAAGCCCUUGAAACUGUACCCGUCCGUUUACCUGCUGGUUUCUGUCUUUCCCCUCAUCAACAGGCUCCACAAUGCCUUCUUCCCACAACAUCCGUCAUUUCCUCUCACGCUGUUGCACGUCCUGUCAGCACCACUUCAUGGAUUGGCCAAUGCCUUUAUCUUUAGCCUGGAUAAGGAUUGGUGGAACCUACUGAGCCCCACAGCCAUGCAGCUGGCUCUGCAGUCGCGGCUGUGUGACAGCACCCGGAUCGGAGAGUACCACCCUGGGGCGGUGCGCUACACACAGGCUGACCUGACCGACCUCAGCGAUGACGAGGACAGCAACGUGCUCUUCUACUCUCCUGACAUGACCCUGAAAGGCCGAGGGCCCUGAGAGAGACACACAGAGAGAGAGAGAGAGAGAGAGAGAGAGAGAAUGCGGACCAGAGAGUGAAGAGCUGGAGGGAAGAAGCACGAAGGAGGGUCAUAACCGGAGAGAAGUGCGGUGGAUUAUAAACUCAGGAGGAGGAAAAAGAGGCAGGGAGGCAAGAUUGGGCAGACAGUCAGGCAGAUAGCAGCCGGAGAUGAGCUGUCAGGUUCCAUUAUUAAUCCUCAUCCUUUACUAUUUAAUAUCCUAAAGACGUGCACACGCCGAGCAGCGCCGCAGCUCCCGUCAUCAGAAACGAGCGAGCCAGGAGUGGCUCCAAGGAUCCUCCUAAUGUCAAACGCAUCUGCUGCAUCCCAACAGUCUUAAAACAAUUUCCCUCUGUCCACCACCAUCCUGACUCCUGCUUUCCGGAAUGGCGGUGACACACCGCAAACGAAGGGAAAAAAGGUUCCUGGAUGGCAGUCAUAACAAAGUGAUAUUUUAGCGUUUGGAGCCAUUAGCCGCUCUCUGUGGGAGAGAGGAAAUGGAGAGCGGGUCUUUAUGAAAAAGAAAAGUAUGAGUCAGAUUUGACUGCCGACUCAGAACCGUUUCAGGAGAAAUGCGGGUGACAAGCACCUUCGAGGGUGGAGGAGUUGCAAACCUCCAGUGCCGCUCAAGCGGGGUUUCCAUUUUCACGAAUCCUUGAGAUCUGUAAGCCAAACCGCCAAGACCUGUAGGUUGCACCGCCGCUUGCCCAUUUGGCACCAAAGGUUCCCUCCCCGCCAUAUAGUCACAACGCCGCUAAGAUCACGCCACGCGACCAUUACGACAGUGCAGCAGUUUCACAAUACACCGCGAAGACCUCUGCUAGACCUGGAACAACAGUCAUUAAGGUACUGUUGCAUCAUCAACACGAAACAUCACAGAUACAUUACGAUGCCAGUAAGACAUACCGCAACGUGUAACUUCUUUAACAAAACAACGCCACUGCACAGCCAGAGAGCCAUAUUUUCAUCACUAUCGCUUAAUGGACAUUGAUUAUGAAGGAUAGAACUGAAAAAGAAUAUCUGCUGUCGCGUGAUCCUGGUGGUUUCUUGGUGGCGUCUGUUGGGUUUCCUGUUGCAUUUGCGACAGCAUAGUGUUGGUUCCUGACCAUUACCUCACGUAUUGCCAAGAACAUUCCAUGGCUCUGUCGCUGAGCAAGACGCUGUCACAAAACCACUGUGACACUGACAGGAGGCACCAGUAAUACAUCAUUAAGACGGCGGAUGAUGUUCGCGCUAUGCACUUUUGUAUCUGAUGCUUCCUUUUCCUCCUCCGAUUGUAGCAAUCGUAACUCGCUAUCGUGACACCGUGUGAAAACAUCUGUGACAUCAUCUCCAUCAGGAUACAUCAAAGAAGGACACAACACACACUGAUGAGUGUGUCGUCUAACUUUUCACGUUAGGUCUACUCCCGUAAUGAUAUUUUAAAAAAGGCGGCUUAGUUCAGGACUUCUUUUGUUUCCAGUCUCGCGCAGUCAUGACAUAGUGAUGGUCGCGAUCCUGUCUGACCAAUCAGCAAUCUGCACUGUUUACACGUUACUUUUUGGUGUCACUUCAGCUCGCUUGGAACCACGAUGGAGGUGACACCAAAAACCAGGUGUUAGGUCCCAAGUUUGGCCAACGGCAGCGGGUAGAGUCGAGUCGAACAGGUCUAACAUGGCUGAAAAGCGCCAUUAGAUCAGCCUACAGUUUGCUGCACGCCGACGCCAUACCUUCUGAAUGUGGACCCCCCGCCAGCCUGCCUCCCACGCACUUAUUUACUGACAGUAUUUGUGUUUUUCUGUAUGCAUAUGGACUUGCUGUAUAUCUUCAGACUUUGGUAUUUUUAUGAAGCACAGCACUUAUUUAUAACAGAUCUGUUUAUGUUUAUAUGUGGACUAUUUUUCUACGUGCCUUGUGCUGGAAUGUGAAGAAAAUGGAUGAUUGUCACGCUGCUGUCACAUGACAGCUGCGCUUGUAUCACCUCCUGAACAAAUAAUAAUAAUAAUAAUAAUAAUAAUAAUAAAAUGGACUCACACACCUACUUGCAAUGUGCCCAUCAGUAUUCUUUGACAUAAUGACACGCACUUUUGGCGCCCUCACAGCAGCCUUUGAUGGUUCGUCAGCGUGAAGUCGGCAGCGGCGAAACAGAACUGAAGUGUGACUGGCAGGAAGGUGGUUCCUUUAUGUUUACCCACACUUCCUGCGGUUCUGUUUUGAGCUGCAUGUUGAACUAAUGAACCGGUUCCUGACCUUUUUAGCCUCGACUUGCAUUCUAGCUUUUCUGCAGGGCACGAGAGUUUAUUCUGUUAUUACACACACACACACUCACAAUGCUUUUUGGCACUUGUGCUGGUUUUUACUCGACUGUGCACUCCAUCACCUAAAUGAGCAGGGGAGACAUUUCAUAACAAAGCAGGGAACUGGGCGUGUUUAUUUUAUUUUCACGUUGGUGCAGUCCCUCAUUCCCUCUGUGACACAUUUCUUAAUGCGUCAGCGUAUGCAUGCCCUGGAGGCUGGGCUUACAGUUUUUACAAAAGUUACUUCUUGCUUCUCAAUGAAGGGUCAGAAUUCACCAAUUAGUUAUUUUGGACCAAACCACUACUUAUAAUGGACAUUGUUGUCUUAUUAGAAAUGCUGCCUGUGCUUGAUACUGAUAUUAGCUUUGAGACUAAUUAUCUUGUGUUGAUGACGACCUCAUGCUGAUCUAUAACAGGGUCACUAGUGCUUGUGCACAUUGCUGAUUACACAGUGCAAUGAAUGAGCACAAAGUAAAUCCCAGGGUCCAAA